ACCAAAUAGUUGUUAUGAACAAGUUAUAAAAAGAGAAAUAAGAAAAAUAUUCCUACAUAUAUAUAUAUAUAUGGAAAACUUAAUUAUAUGAUAAAGUCUGAAAAUUGAUUUUCUUUUUCUGAACCCUUUUGUGUUUAAACCAGCCAUAUCCGGCCCAUAUAUUCUGACUAUUUCAUAAUCAAACCAACUGGAUUUGACCUCUCAUAUCUACCCUACAAUGCCACUCUAAAAAUAAUCACAUUGUUGAAAUUUCAAACCUAUGAGAUAAAGUCACAGGCUUAAUUCAAAACAACGUGAAUGAAAAAGAAUUACAAAUACCAGAGUAAUUUGAAUACUAAAAGGUUAAAAUGUCGAAAGAUUUUGGAAAAUUCCCACACCAAUGUGAUAUUUGUCAUAAAUCGUUUUCUCAAAAAUAUAGCCUUACAACUCACAAACGUAUUCAUACAGGAGAAAAGCCACAUCACUGUGAUAUCUGUGGUAAAACAUUUCGUCGGAAUGUGCACUUAAUUGACCACAGACGUAUUCAUACAGGGGAAAAACCAUAUCACUGUGAUGCCUGUGGUAAAUCAUUCUCUCGGAAACAAAAGUUAAUUGAUCACAAGCUUAUUCAUACAAGUGAGAAACAAUAUCAGUGUGAUAUCUGUGAUAAAUCAUUCUAUAUUGGUUAUCACCUAACAAAACACAAGCGCAUUCAUACAAGGGAAAAACCAUUUCAGUGUGAUGUCUGUGAAAAAUCAUUUUCUUGUCAUACCAGUUUAGCUAAACACAAUCGCAUUCAUACAGGAGAGAAACCAUAUCGCUGUGAUAUCUGUGGUGAAUCAUUCUCUCACAAUGAUAGCUUAGCUAAGCACUGUCGCAUUCAUACAGGAGAGAAACCAUAUUGCUGUGAUGUCUGUGGUAAAUCAUUCUCACAGAAUGGUCACUUAGCUGUGCACAGACGCAUUCAUACAGGAGAGAAGCCAUAUUGCUGUGAUAUCUGUGGUAAAUCGUUCUCUCAGAAUGAUAACUUAGCUAUGCACAGUCGCAUUCAUACAGGAGAGAAACCGUAUCACUGUGAUAUUUGUGGUAAAUCGUUCUCUCAGAAUGAACACUUAGCUAAACACAAUCGCAUUCAUACAGGAGAGAAGCCAUAUCGCUGUGAUAUUUGUGGUAAAUCAUUCUCUCAGAAUGAUAACUUAGCUAAACACAAUCAUAUUCAUACAGGAGAGAAACCGUAUUCCUGCGAUGUCUGUGGUAAAUCAUUCACUCAGAAUGGUCACUUAGCUGUGCACAAUCUCAUUCAUACGGGAGAGAAGCCAUAUCACUGUGACACAUGUGGUAAAUCGUUUUCUCAGAAAGAUAACUUAGAUAUGCACAAUCGCAUUCAUACAGGAGAGAAGCCAUAUCACUGUGAUAUCUGUGGUAAAUCAUUCUCUCACAAUGAUAGCUUAGCUAAACACUAUCGCAUUCAUACAGGAGAGAAGCCAUAUUGUUGUGAUAUCUGUGGUAAAUCAUUCUCUCGGAAUGACCACUUAGUUGUGCAUAUUCGCAUUCAUACAGGAGAGAAACCAUAUCACUGUGAUUUUUGUGGUAAAUCAUUCACUCAGAAUGAAAACUUAACUAAACACAAGCGUGUUCACAUAGGAGAGAAAACAUUGCUGUGAAAUCUGUGGUAAACCAUUCUUUUGAAAUGUUAAACAGAUUUUUUCUUGUAGUUGCCUAACCAGGAAUAUAGCAUCCUUUGUGCAACUGACUGGCUCAAAUCCAGACUGAAUUUUAUCUACACUAACUCUCUCCUUAAUUGAGCUAUGACUACCAUCACCUGGUCCAGUGAUUCCUGAUGGGCCGGUGGCUUUCCCUGUUUUCAUAUCCUUAAUUGCCCUAUCUACCAAACUUCUGUUGAUUGAAGUAGCUGAUCUCAGAGUUGGGUCGACAUAGUUUCUAACUUGCCUGGUUAUACAUGUUUAAAACUCUACCUGAAAAUGUUUCUAUGAUGUAAUUUUAAAAUGCAUCAAUAAGAUGCUACCAAAACAUUUUAAA